GAGACGACCCAAAUAAACAGCGUUCAAGAGACCUGAACUCUUUCCACAGCAUUUUCAGACGUUUUUUCUUCCACCAUAGCGGCCAAAAGCUGAAAGACCAAGAUGCCAGCGACUUCGCAUCUCCCCAAGCAGCCGAUCCAAGAACAGAUCGCAGAGCUUAACAGGAAAAUCGCACUUUUAGACGGUGACCGUAAGGCGUACUACGAGAGCUCACAAUGGACCAUGAAGAAGAACCGAGAGCUGGUGGCUCAGCUGAGGCAGGAGAACAAACAGCUCCACAAACUCAAGGCAGACGCUGUGGCGAUGGAUGACAAAGUGCUGAAUGAGGCCUUCCAGAACAGGAAUGUGGAGAGGGCUGCUCUCAGGGGCAAGUCUGGCAAGCAAGCCAUCACGAUCGUGGACCACAAGGUGUGCGACACCAUCAAGCGGCUGAACGACCUGCGGCACAAGACGGAGGUGAAGCAGAAGAAGCUUGCGGAGCUACAGACGCAGCACGACCAGAUGAUCACCGACGCCAGCGCUGCGCAGGAGAUGUCCACUGGGGAGUCAGAGGAUGCUCAGACCCUACGCCAGCUGGAGAACCGCCUGGACAAGAUGAUGCUGAAGUGUCAGGAGGCAGAACACAUCCGCAAGACCUACCAACAGAUCAAGGUGCACCUGGGCAAGGAGGGUCUGACGUACGCUAACCAGCUGGACGCCCUGGAGGCAGAGAUCCUGCGUGCCAGGUCGGAGCUGACGGAGCUGAAGGCCAUGAACAACGACGCUCAGCUGGCCAGGGACGCUGCUAGGGGAGAGCUGUCUAAGCACGAGGAGCAGGUGCUGAGGGAGAGGAGGGAACGGGAGACGGCACUCAAUGAGUACAAGAAGCUGGCCGAGGAGAAGAAGGCUCACGCUGAGAGGGUCGAGAGAAGGAUGCAGCGCGCGUCCCUGCAGCAGGAGGAGCUGCAGCAGGAGCAGCAGAAGCAGCAGAUGACGCUGGAGGAGCAGGAGAGGAAGAUCACCACGUACGAGGAGGCCUUCAGGCACAUCAAGGAGGCCACAGGCGUCUCUGACACACAGGAGGUAGUCGCGCGGUUCAUGUCCCAAGGUGACACCCAGAAGCACCUUGAGGAGCUGAAGCGAGAGAACGAGAAACAGCUGAGCCGACUGAAGGAGGAGAAGGAGAAGCUGCAGGCCGAGUUUGAGGACAUGAAGUACUCAGGAGAGGCCAAACUGUCCAGUGGGCAGCGUAUGCUAGAGGAGAUGCAGUCCCACCUUGAUGCUGAAGAGGGUCGGAGAGACGAGGCUCAGGACAAACUGGAGCGGGCGAGCCACAUCCUGGUCUCCGUCAAGUCAGGCGUGGAGCAUCUCGCUGACAAGCUGCAGCACAUCAAGGCUGCCAAAGGCCACGUCCCGACAGCUAAGAUCUCCCCCACAUCAGACGAGUACGUGCUGGACCUGCUGUCCAUCUCUGAGGAGAAACUCCUCAAGCUGAUGGAGGAGCUGGAUGGCAAGGACCUGCAGGACAUCAUCAGGCAGAUGGAGGAGGAGGAGUUCCACGCAAGCAUCGAGACGAAAGUGCCGUCCCACAACACGCGAAUCAAGCUGCCUCAGACCCAGAAGCAGGGCGAUAUCUAUCAGGAUGACGAGGACUCUGGCGAUGAUGAGGACUCCACCCUCACACGGCAGCAGCUCAAGCGGCAGGCGCAGCAGAUCGUCGACUCCAAGACACGGAAGAGGACCAAACCUCGCAAGAAGAAGGGAAAACAGUAGAGGACGGUCGUCUCAGAGGAGGAAUCAUGGACA